AUGGGAGAACCUGCUGAGCAGUCCAAGAACACGAUGAAGCGGCUGACUGGCGAAGCAACCAUGAUGCUUGUCGCCGGCAUCGAGACGACAGCUUCGGCACUCAGAGUUCGCAGUUACCGCCUGCUACGCAAUUCAGACGCCGUUACAAAAAGAUUAGAGCCAAGCUUCUCUCUCUCCGUUACCACGGACCCGAAGCAUGUUCCAAACUGGGCCACUCUGGAGAAGCUGCGUUACUUUUAG